AUGCAUGGGGCUUGUGUGCGCGCGCCGCGGGUCAGCGGGAGGGGCGCAGACGGGGCGAAAGCGCAUAGAUUUUGUCUUGCAGAGAAAUGCAGCUUCAUUCUUGGCGAGGCUUUGAUAGGCACCAAGUGGGGCGACAAAGGUCAGCGGUAG